AGGUAACAUCUAAUUUACCCAGUUUUCAUCUAAUUUACCCUACUCGAAAUUUUGGUAAAUUCCAACAUUUGCGCCAUGCUGACAUAAUUUACUAUUUCUCCAAUUUACUAAUAAUUUACUCGAACUCGCAUACGGCCUAAGUACAAAUAUCCGUUAAUGAUCACUUUCCUUUCCUGAUGGUGUUCUUUGGUUUAAACUAUCAACACAGUACGUAUAAAAAUAAUUUGGCGGUGUUCUUAAAUUCGACAGGUGGUGGUUUUUUAUAUAAACGGUUUGAUCUUUUAAUUGUUCGGUACGUUAAAUUCGGAAAAUAAGGACAAAUUUGAAGAAAAAAAUGUCUUUUAAACGCAAGAGAGGAAAUGUAGAUGACGGACACUUUGUUGGAAAUGAAUAUUCUUCAACCAGUACCUAUGCUUUAAUACCAAAAAUAUUGGAAUGUGAGCGUCCAAAGGAACAAACCAAACAAAAUUGUAAUCCAUUUAUGGCAGAUAUUUUGGAAGUCAAAUCUAUACCAAAUGUAACAGAAAAUAAUAGUAUUAAGGAAGAUAAAGUAUCUGACCAAAAGAGAAACCCGUUUGAGGUAAUUCGUGAUCCACCAAAGAAGAAAAAGCGUGUCUCAAAAAUAAGUGGGGCGUGUUUUGAAAAUCGUGCUUUGAAUUUGAAUGUGCCAGAAAAACAAUUUAAUCCUUUUGAGGUUCGCCGGGAAAAUUUUCAAGCUUCGUCAGAUUUAAGGCAGUCACACUAUUAUGUGAAUGAAGCGUUAAAUAUACGUUCUCAAGAUAAUAAUUCCAUUUAUAAUCCUUUUGAAGUUGAACGUUGUUUCCAGAAACAGAAUGAAUCGAAUGGAAUCGAAAAUCUGGGUUUAGUUGACCAAAACUCAGAUUUUCUUACAAUAAAGCUGCCUUUCCAACCUACAGUUGGUUGUAGAAUUGAUUUUAAAAAUAUUUCAAUAUCUGAGCUAACGCCAAGUAAAUUGCUAGCAGAAAAACUAGUGUUUUCGCCACUUAAUUCAGUUCAUAAACAGUCGAUAGGUUUAGUAAAUGAAGAAGCUGCUCUAGACAUUGGAAAAGAGUUAGAUCGCUACCAACUUGAAUUAGAGAACAGUAUAAAUGAAGCAAAAUUACGUAAAAAUACAAAAAUAGUGGAAUCAAUUCAACAUUCGUUAAUCUUACCAGAUAGACAAAAUAUUUUUAGCCAAGUAUUAGAAAAUGUUACUGAGGUGGAUAACCUAGAUGGAACGAUAACUAAUUUACAAAAUAAAAAUGUAUCGGAUCAAAAUAUCGUAACUGUUGUAAAAAAUACAGAAACUAGUGUUAAAUUAGUAAUGGAAUCACCACAGAACCAGGAAGUUGCAGAUGUCUCAUACGAAUCAGAAUCAGAUGAAACAAAUUUUAAGUUGCCUAUUUUUGUACGUGCAUAUCGUAGAAUACCAUCUCAAAAAUCUGUUAUUAUUGAUAAUCCUUCAGAUGAUAAUGGCAGUGUUAAAACUGAAGAUAAUAUGCAAACAAGUGUAAAGAGUUUUCUACGUAAUUCUGUACGUAAACUUAUUCAUAGUAAAAAUAAAGUCGAUGAUCAAGAAAUAAAGAAUUCAUUGGAGAAGUCUGAAAACAAUAGAAAUAUCGUUACAUGCAUUCGUCAGAGUUUGCGGCGCAAACGUCCUUUAUUUGAGAAACAGUUAAAUGAUUUGAACAUGUCUAUUAUUGACACUGGAGAUCGAACGAUGAAACUUAAAUCUGUGAUUCCUGAAACGGAAUACAUUGCUAUCGAACAGUUGACUAAUGAAAAAAAAAGUUCGUUGCGAAACAGUUUAAGACAUCCUACUCGAGAGCUUCGGCAUAAGUUGAAAAAAUCGCUAUUCCAAAAAUCACAGGAACAAUAUGUACUACCAAAGUAAAAUCAUUCUGCUUCUUAAAAAAAAAAAAGAAGAAAUAUAAAAACAUGAGAUAAGCAUUUUCCAACUUAUUUUAAUCAUUCCAAAGAUUUUAUCUAUUGUUUUUUGUACUUAUACUUGCAACCAAAUACUUAAAUUGGUUACAUAAAAUUGUUUUUAUUAUUCUUAUACGAGCUGCACCUGCACCCAGUUAGAUUAGAACUGUAUUUCUAUUUUUAUG